UUCAAUUUCCUGUAUUUCCCAUUCAGAACAGCUAUGCAGUAGUCAACCAUUACCAUAUCUCAUACAGAUUACGAUGGCAUCCCGUCUAUGGAACCAAAUUACCAGUAUAAAAUAUCUUAAGCAUGGAACCCUUAGGACAUAUUCAUCUGUCAAACGACAAUCGUUCGGCUUUCGCACCUCGCACGAAUCUGGCAUACGCAAUCUAAGCGGAAGCAAAGAUUUGUCAUCGAACAUUCAAUCAACACCCCAGGGACGACGCUUCGUUCGCAAUGCGCCCGGACCCAUGAAACCGUCGGAGGCUGCUCUGCGCCCUUCGCUACGCUACCGUAUAGCGCAUGGAGCAAAGCUAGUUUCGAAAAAUGCACAAAACGCUUUUAACACUACAAGAGCCUCCGCAGAGUACUUUCUCAGGGACGGUUCAGAGACCGUACCCGAUGAGCAGCAUAUUGCAUCGCUGAAGCGUGAGUACGUGAGGCGACAAACCCUGGCACGUUUCCAACCACAAGCCAUGACUCCGUUCUGCAGUAAGGAGACACAGAGCUACGAGAGGGAGGAUGUUCACCCAACCAGGUUCGCAGUAAAUAAAAUUCCUAGGCGACAUAUGUCUACAACUGCUGACAAUAUAAGCAUUGCGCCUCAGGAAAUAACGAUUACCAAAAAAGCAUCAGACACUGUAUCGGUACAUUCCGAGACACCGUCGACUUCUGAAUCCACGGGUUCUGCGGGUUCUGCGGGUUCUGUGGGCUCUACGAGUUCUGCGGAUACAACCGCCGCUCCUAAUCAGAAGCUAAGCGAUAAAAUAAUGGCAGCGGGUCCACCAAAAGCUCACGUUGGUUACAACUUUACACAAUUAACAUCUGUGCGGCCUUUUUCAACGUUUUCACGCCCAGUUGAUGAACAGGGACCCACGACAUUAACACAAACGCGUGGUUUGAUCAGAAAAAGUUGCGACGACGAUGAUUGUAGACCGAAUAAAUGUGCGCCAAAAAUUAAACUGACUCACAAGGAUUGCUCGAAGCGUAAAAUAAAGAAACGGUAUACUGACAAAGACACGUACAAGCAUCAUGGUCGAUGGGACAAGUGUGAAUGUUGUCCGGAAAUGCUUCCUUGCGACCAGACCACUUGCACUUACGUUUACCCAUUUCCCUGUCCAUGCGACAAGUUUCCGGGUAUGUGUCCCAUCGAUUGCCCGCCCCCAUGCGAGAAUCCUCCACCUUACAAAGUACCUUUAUGCCGACCACCCAAAUGCCCGGUGUAUCAAAAGCACGUUGAAUGCACUGCGGGCUGCAACCCAAAAUCAUGCAUAUACGUAGAGCCAAAACAACUUCGACCACUACCCAAAAGCGACUGCCCUUGUGUCGAACCGUUUGUUCCACAAAUAAUGCCAAAACUGAAAUUUGUCAAGAAACACGCAUAUCAGUGUCUUGAGGAAAAAUGCCCAGUCUUUUGUACGGAACGAGUUGAUGGAGUUGUGCCACCCAAGAAGCUGCCCCCAAUUAUCCCUGGUGAUUGCCCAUGUGUUGAACGGAAUAUUACAGAUGUACCACCGUUAAGACGACUCAACAUGCAAGCAUAUCAAAAGGUCAAGGAAUGCAAACCUGAUAAAUGUACAGAAAUUGAACAACCUAAGUGUAUUGAACGAAGGACUCUACCAGAAAUUAAAAGCGACUGCGUGUGCAUCGAACCGAAACCAUUGAAGCCGGUCAAAUUGGUACGCCUUCCGCCUAUCUGUGUAUGCCCUGAUCCACCAGAUCCUAAGUGUUACCCGGAAAAAUGCCCCCUGCGGGCUGAUGAAGUCUGCAAAUGGAAGUACCCCAAGCAGAAGCUAAAGAACUUCUGGUGUCCCAAUUGCAAGAUACCCAAGAACAAAUGCAAGUGGUGCAAUUGCCACUCACGGGGCCAGAAAAGCUGUCAUAAGCGAAGAAUGAGUACAAUGGCAUCAAUGAAAGGCCAAAUCCUAGCAAGCAACCAACAAAGUUCUACUGUAGAAAAUACCGCGUCCUGCAGUUUAUCUGGAUCGUUGGGCCAACGGCGUGGGUUCCAUGCUACUGUCACAGUAGCUAGACACAAGAAGCAUCCUUCUGAAAAGCUUGCCAAGAAGCUAAAAUGCAAAAAGAAGAAGUGUCCGAAAGUUUGCGGGGCAGUUUGUUGCGAGCCGCCGGCGAGGAAGGACUGCAAAUUUCACUUGGAGCCACUCUGCUGCAAAGUUAAGAGAUCUCCAUACCCGGCCUUUUCGGAAUAUGGAGAGUUCAGCGAACUACUUACUUGCGAAUGCAGCCAUACCAUGCCUUAUUUGCAACCAAAUAUGCAAGUAGUUGUAGAUACUUUAGGCAAACAGAUUCAAAAGCAGCCGUUACCUAAAUGGAAAAUCGUUGACCCAGUCCCAGAAGAGCAUUGCGUCCUAAACGAUUUGUGCCGAAGCAAGGGACACACUUAUACUUGUGAAACCUUCCACAAGGGUGAGACAGUUCCAAUAACCCAGUACGAGUGCUACAGCCCGCAUCGAUUACCAUGCUGUGAACGCGAUCAAAUUUGCGAUUUCAAAUUCCGACCCAGCGAGCGUAGAUGUGAUGGUAUUAAAAAGGAACGCGAAUUCUACCGUUGUGAAUGCGCCUGCCCACGACCCAAGAAAUGUAAGAAGUCAAAGCGCUAUAAGCUUGAUACAGUCUAUUCCAAAAUCCGGAAACGCACUAACACACGUGGCUACAGCACCAUGAGUAGUGUGCAGGGCGGCAGUUUCCUGAACCGCGAUGCCAGUGCUCUUCCAUCUACAAGCACUCAAGUAGCUGGUUUCCAUAACACUGCUGUGGUUAUGAAACGUAGGAAACCACGUGGUGGUGGACACACCAAAUGCCGUCCGCAGUGUCCCUUCAAAUGCAAGCGAAAGAUAAAAUGUGGUCGCCCGAUGUGCAAGGAAAAGUUUCCUAUGUAUGCGCGUAGAAAGAAGGGCCCUAAAAUGGAUGCUGCUAUCUCUAGAAAGUUGAAGGAUCAUUUUAAGAGAACCAUUGAAUGUUCCAGUGCCCGCGGUAGGAAACGUAUGCUUGUAGCUCAAGCCAAAUGUGCCGCCAGAAGGAUCGGCAUGAAAUUGGUACCAGAUCGCAAGCGAGUAUGCAAACUCAAAAGUAGGUGCAAUCUGGAUGGUAUUAAAGCUGAUGGUAAAUGCGGUCCUAUGCCAGAAUGCGUGAGACCCAAGAAUGUAUGCUGCGCAUGUGACCCGCGUUACGAGGUGGACGAGUGCCGGAAAAAGAAAUGGGUGGCUGACUGUUGUGAAAUGCCUUAUCGAAUGACGGGGCCUGAAUUUCGCUCAAUGCAGCCAGAUUGUUGCAAAAUGCCACUUCCCAUAUGCAAUCGCGAUUGCAUGCGGGUACGGGCUACCUGCGACAAGGAAUACAUUCCAUGCUGCGUCAUUGAAUCACCGUUCCCGGCAUUUAGCGAUUGCCAUCCACCGUUCAAGCGCAUAAUACACAACGAGUGCCAGAUACAGGACAUAAUGGCGGAGAAAUCUGCAGUAAAAAUUGAUAACAUGCUUGCUGGCUCUGCGCUGAGACGGAAGUUUUGCACAGCCACAAAGGCGGCAACCAUGCCGGUGAUAGCGGAAGAGCGUGAAGUUAGCGCUAAGAACGAAUCUAUCUUAGACAAAGUUAUAUCGUUGUUCAACGAGAAGACACAGAGCAAAGGACUGCAUGAGCCGGUCGACUGCAAGUGCAGUAAAUGUGUAUCAAAGAAGGAAGCAAGCGUGCGGGAAAUUAAACCGGACUUGAGUAGGAAUAUUCAGACUGCUCUGCCGCGCAACAAUGGCGACAUUGACAAUAUUCCCGAGCUGUUGUUCAGCAAAGACGACAUUUUCAAGCAGGUAAACAGUGAGAAUCUAAUUUCGUUGGCGCCCCAAGCGAUGACUCCUCUGGAAAAGGUAAAGUGCUUUUUAUUCAACAAAGCUAACAAAGUAACCAACGCUGCGGCGCCUCCUCUAAACUUGCCUGUAGAUGGAUUUGAGUAUUUCGUAAGCUCGCCUUCAAAACACAACCACCUGAAGACUACGCCUGACGGUAUCAAGUCAUCUCGCAGUUAUUCUACGUCAAAGGCGGCCGAAGAAGAAUUGUACGAGGAUGUAACUGACUCGGUCGACGAGGAGACUAAGAAGAUUGCAGAGGAACAAUUAAAGAAAGUGUUACCGCCUCGCAAUGUGGUGACCUUAAGUAACACUACUGAUUUGGUCUACCUGCUUGAAGAUGGUAAGAAUACUAUCAAUCUUACUCCCAAAAAAUGCAACGGAGAAAAAGUUAAGGUUAUUCCGCAUCCCAUCUGCACUCACAUAAUGCUAGACUCUGGAGAACUACUGCUAGAGAAUGAGUAUCAAUUGAUGAAAACCAUCUUGCCGUUAAAAAAUCGCAUUUAUUUACCCUAUGGAAUGUCACACGAAGAGUAUACGGCAUUAGAACAACGAAAUAUUAAAUCUGUCCAAGAAGAGCUGGAGAAGAUGUUAGUAGAAAAAGAAAACUCUUGAAGAAGCACAGCAAUGCAUGAGUAUGCGGUUCCAUGCACGAGUGGUAGGGUAGUUUGGAGAGACAUUAAAAAUUGUUUAAUUACAUCGUAGAGCACAAUAACACCCAACAUCAACUAUAUAAGUGCUGCAAUUUCUAAUGUGUCUCUGUAUACCUUACACUAUAUGCCAUCGUAAUAAAGAUCAUAGCUCCAUAUAAAUAAACUGCUUAUUGAAUGA